AAAAAAUAAAAAGACUCCCUUUUACAAAGAUGAUGCCGAACACUAAGAAGGAAGCCCCUGCCCCUCCCAAAGCUGAAGCCAAAGCAAGGCCUUUGAAGGCCAAGAAAGCUGCACUAAAAGCCCUCCACAGUCACAUAAAAAAGAAGAUCUGCAUAUCACCUACCUUCAGACAACCCAAGACUCUGCGUCUCUGCAGGCAGCCCAAAUACCCUCGAAAGCGUGCCCCCAGGAGAAAAGAGCUUGAUCACUAUGCCAUCAUCAAGUUCCCCCAGACCACUGAGUCAGCCAUGAAAAAAACCGAAGACAACAGCACACUUGUGUUCAUUGUGGAUGUCAAGGCCAACAAGCACCAGAUCAAACAGGCUGUGAAGAAGCUCUACAGCAUGGAUAUGGCCAAGGUCAACACCUUGAUCAGGCCUGAUGGAGAGAAGGAGGCAUAUGUUCAACUGGCUCCUGACUAUGAUGCUUUGGAUGUUGCCAACAAAAUUGAGAUCAUCUAA